AUGUGUAAGACGUUGGAAAAUAUUAUUAGUGUGGAAAUAUUGAGGAAGAUUGAGGCAAAAAGGAGGAAAUUUGCAAUAUGGCAUUAUGAGGAAAGAGUUAGUGAAACUGGGGCUUCAGAAAGAGAGGAAACCCACGAAACCUCUCAAGUAGAAGUUUCUGUUGGGCAUGAAGAAGAAAGAGAUAAAAAUGAACAAAGUGAAGAACAACAAGAAGAUAAAGAAAAUGAAGUAGAUGAAGGAGAUGAUGAAGUAUACAAAGAUGAAGAAACUAGAGAAGAAACUGAAAAAGAUAAUGAAAAAUCUGAUGAAGGAGAUGAAAAAGAAAACGACGAAGGAGAUGAAGGAGGUGAAGAAGAUGAAGAAACUAAAAAGGGUAAUGAAGAAGACAAAGAAGAAAAUAUAGAUCAUAUGUCGACGACCUUGGCCGAGUUAAGAAAAAAGAGAAAACAUAAUAUGGAUGCCAAUAUUCUUGAGUCUUCUAGUAUUGGCACUAAUCCCAAUAGACCUUCCAUUGACGAGGUUGUCAAGAGUUUCAACAUUGAAAAGUACGGCGUGAGGAUGCCGCUGAAUGAAAAUAAUGAUUUGUCCGGUGAUAUUGUGGUCAAAUCAAGCAUGGGCAAGGGCUUUGACAAAUUUAGGGGCAUUCUUCAGGGUUGGGGUUGGAGAAUUUCUUUAGAGCUAGCUGCUUUGGGCUCUAUUUAG